UUUACUCAACUCUCAAUUUUCGUAUAUUUGCUUAUUGUAAGAUACGUUUGUAGUUCCACUUGUUAACAUUUUCUCGGCUAUGUUCACAAGCAUUUUUGGUUAAAGGCUGUUGCCUACAACGCCGUUCCCGAACAACCGCAGUCAGUUGCUGUCAUUCCAUCGAGAGAUGAGCGCGAGUACACCGGUACAAGUCGAAAGUUUCUAAACGUAGUGAUCUUUAGUUAUUGCCAAUGCUUUUUUUUUUUGCAUUUCGAGCGGUUUUGAAGUUGUGGUAAAUGCUGUUACAUGGAUACACACACACACACGCACAUGAAUUAAUUUAAGGCGUGGAAACCAUAGGACAUGUCAACAAAUGUGAAAAUCCGUUAAUACUAUAUAAAUAUAUAUAUAUAUAGGUAGAAAGGAGUUAUAUCUGCCCAAGUAGACAAUACAUACAUACAGAGACGCGGUGGAAAUUUGCUCAGUCAAUGCUUUACUAUUUAUAACAAAACCACAAAAAUACUCAAAGUAAUAUUACAAAUGCUAAAGCAAAUAAAAGGAAAAUCCAUCCUGUGAUCAUAUACAAGACCUUAUAAUAAGCCAAAGGCCGCAACAGAGGCCUUCAAGUGGAAAUAUGCAGGUCCCAGAACAUUUGGUAUCGCUGUAUAUAGCAACGUGUGGACAAAAUGGCUCCGGACUCGGUGCGGAUGAAAAGGAAAUAAUAUUGCUAGUUUAUAUUAUUUUGGAAGCCAAUAGCGGAAAGAUUAUUGGCACAAAACAGCUGUUGGUGCGACCUGAUGGCAGCUUUGCGAAGGAUCGUACAGUAUCCGGCUCGUCGGAUGUUUCAAUAACCUUGGGCGCAGCAUCGCCUCCACUUGCGUCACAGCAUGCCGAUGCCAUUAAUAAUAACAACACUAGCGUUAGCAACUCAAAUACACUAGGCAAAAGUGUACACAACAAUUUAAGUACAACUGUUAAUUGCAACAACAACAAUAACACGAUCACAAAUGGAUCGAGUAGUGGCGGUGUCGCGGCAGGAUCGAUUACAGCAACAGCUAGCACAACGUCAAUUCCCGAGACAAUCGAGCUACCGGUAGCAGUUGCUCACUCGCAGGGCAAGCCGCUACAGGAAGCACUAGAUGAGUUCGAUGAAUACUUACGCUCUCUAACAUUAUAUGCCGACAAUGUCGAUAGCAUCAAUUUCAUUACUGACGGUCAACUGCCCUUGCGUCAGUGUUUGCAUCGAGAGGCCUGCGCCAAAGACAUACGGCUGCCGAGCUAUUACAAUCGAUUCUGUGAUCUGCGCAAAGAAUUCCUCAAGUACAAGUCAGGCGAUUUAUCACGCGCAUUGGUACCCGUUAAGGACAUCAAAAAAAUACUCCAAAUACCAACAGCUGCGGCACCGCAGAGUAUCGGUGAAAUGAUGAAAGAACUAAAUAUACCCAGUAGUGAAGAACAGGAGUUCUAUGUGAAAGAAUCUCGCGAAAUGGUUUCGGUCAUACAAGUAAUGCUGAAAGGAGGGCAUAAAUUUCAAGCGAAUGAAGUGGUAACCCUCGUUUUGGAACCUGGUAUUUGCUCAAUUGACGACGACAUCGACGGUAAUUGCAUUGUACGCGCUCGUGGUUUGCCCUGGCAGAGCAGUGAUCAGGAUAUAGCUAAAUUUUUUCGUGGUCUAAACGUUGCCAAGGGUGGUGUUGCACUUUGUCUAUCGCCACUCGGCCGACGUAACGGUGAAGCACUUAUUCGAUUUGUAUCGCAAGAGCAUCGCGACAUGGCACUAAAACGUCACAAACAUCACAUUGGCAGUCGGUACAUUGAGGUUUAUCGUGCCACUGGCGAAGAUUUCUUGGCCAUUGCUGGCGGUGCUUCCAAUGAGGCGCAGGCUUUCCUCUCCAAGGGUGCGCAAGUUAUAAUACGCAUGCGAGGACUGCCAUAUGAUUGCACUGCCAAACAAGUAUUGGACUUUUUCACCACUGGCGAGGACCCUUGUACUGUGCUUGAUGGCGUAGAGGGAGUGCUAUUUGUCAAAAAACCAGAUGGCCGAGCGACUGGUGACGCCUUCGUGCUAUUCGCCAAUGAGCCGGAUGCACCUAAGGCCCUGUCACGUCAUCGCGAAUCAAUCGGACAGCGGUAUAUAGAGUUAUUCCGCUCUACAACAGCAGAAGUGCAACAAGUGCUGAAUCGCUCUAUGGACCCGAGAACUUAUGAAGCUAAUCAUCAACAGCCACUAAUUGCACAAUUACCGGCAAUGCCGUUAUCACUAUUACCGCAGCACUUAAUUACAUCAGGCACCACGAAGAAUUGCAUUCGUUUACGCGGCCUACCUUAUGAGGCCAUGGUCGAGCACAUUUUACAUUUUUUGGACGAUUUUGCGAAGCAUAUUAUAUUCCAGGGAGUACACAUGGUUAUCAAUGCUCAAGGUCAACCUAGUGGCGAGGCUUUCAUACAAAUGGACUCAGAGGAGUCAGCACGCGUGUGCGCGCAACACAAACAUAAUCAAUUUAUGAUGUUUGGUAAAAAGUAUCGUUAUAUCGAAGUGUUCCAAUGCUCUGGUGAUGACAUGAACAUGGUCCUGAAUGGCGGUCUACAGUCGCCAGUGUCCGCAACACCACAUCCCCAUCAUUCAGCCGCAGCCAAACAGGCGUCGCUGCUCUCACCGGGUACACCUGUGUUGGGCACGCCGUUUGGACCAUUUGGACCACCUUUUGGUUCACCAACAGCUUUACUCACAUCAGCGCAUACCCAACGCCCGCUGCCACAUCAUCAUCAUCAUCAGCAGCAUCACCAACAGCCAACACCGCAAGCAUUUUUUCCACCACCAUUUCUAUAUUGGUCAUAUCCUAGUCCACCAGUGUCGCCAACCGCAUAUUAUGGCCAACCGCCGAAUCAUACGAGUCCAACAUUAGCCGGCAAUAUAAGUGCAACGCAGCACCAAGCUAUGUAUCCUUUAGAUUUUUUGCCUACGGUUCAAACGUCAGCGCUUAGUCCGCCGAGCAUAACAAUACCCUCGCCUAGCACUUUCAUGCCGCCAAAACAAUUUUCCGCUCUACCACCACCGGUACCGGUUCCGGUGCCAAUUACGAAUGGCGUUACAGGUGGUAGUGUAGUAGGCAGCAGAAAUGGUGUUAGUGGCCUGGCGCAAUAUCAUACCAAAAUGGCCUUGCCACUACCCAUGCCGCAACAGCAAGCCGGUGUGUACCACUAUACAGCACCGCCCGCCGUAACGGGAUCUCCACAACCAUUACCCACAACACCUGCUGCCGCGCCACCUUUCCCGCUAACGCGAUCGGCGACGUUAGGUGCGCUGCCGACAGGUGUUUCGACAGCUUUAACUCUACCCAGCACAACAUUACUCACUGUUGAUACCACACACAACGAACGUGCGCCUGUACUGAAAACGACAACAGCCUCGGCUAAGCAUGCUGGUAAAAUACCAUUCUCGCGCGACUUGUCCACCAGUAAUGUAGAAAUAGUGUCCAACUCCUGCAUGGAACUUUAUAUCGCUUGAGUCACAACGCUGGAAAGCAGUGGUUGAAAUCGAGGCGUGUUUAGAGAACAUGAGGUCUGUGCAACUGAAAUGAGAUUUGUCAAAUGAGUUGCGCCUAAAAAGGAUUAUUAUAAGUUGCGUCAACUUCCUGCUUAAAAGUAAUAAGUUAUUUAUUAUGGUUCCACUUGCGAAAUUCUUAACUCUUGCCAGUUUAGUGAAAUUUUUUGACUACAUGCGAAUUGUAGGCAAGAAAUUCAAUAAAAAAUGAAAACGUACAAAACUCUUAUUGUAAGGGAAGAUGCAUGAAAUUGGUUCGCAAACCAACUUUUAUUGGAUUUCAGUGCCGAUAUAAAAGAAUCUCGAAUUUUAAUUCCUUUAGCUUUAAGUAACAUAAAAUUUGUACAAGUUCUGUCAACGUUAAAACAAAUUGUGUGCAUUGUGAGAAUUGCCAAAUUAUUGAAUUUUCUAAUAUAAUUGUAUUACUUAUACUUAAUAUUUCAAUAAUGUCUCAAUUACAAUAGUUUAAUCUAAUCUAAUCUGUAUGCAAAGCCAGCUGUCUUAGAUUCGCCAAGCGUUCGAGGUUAGCGAAUCGAACAAACUAUACAGGCUAUUCAAAUAGACUGCCAGCUCCAGCGAUGCAAUCUUGCGCUGACAUUUUCUCUGUAGCACAUGCUGCGCUCUUUGGCUGGGAAAUAAAGGAUUUUUCAAUGAGAGCGCAUUACAUUCGAUGGCAUUAUGUAUGGAACUCGAUUUCUUUUGCAUGCCCAUCAUGUGGACGCUUGCAAAAGUCCAGACGCUGAAUCCAAUUUUCGACGGUUUUCAAGCAUAAGCCGGCUGAUACUGCUGCAAUUUCCCAUUCGAUAUUCGUACGAAGUUCAUUAAUCGUCGUUGGCAUAGACCAUAAACUUGACGUAGCAUCGCAGGAAAUAGUCUAACAAAAUUGACUGGACCAACACGUUCACCAAACUUGGUUUUCAAUAAAUCGGUCGUGACAUUCGUUGUGCGGCUUGUGGCAUCGUCCUGUUGGAACCAUAUAUUUUCCAAGUCCAUAUCAUCUCAUUUCGGUCCAAACCUAUUCGGUUAUCAUUUAGCGGUAGUGAUUUCCAUUCAUAGUAACCCACACGUCUUGAUCAUCGCGGUAGAAGUACGGCCCAUGAACCUCACAAAACCGUAAUUUUUUCGGGAUGCAAUGGUGACUUAUGGAGUACGUGUAGAUUGCUAACGAAAAUAUUUUGCUUAUUGACAAAGCCAUUCAGCCAGAUUUGAGCCCCAUCAUAAAUUAGACGUAACGCUCUUAAGGUUGAGGCCAAUUCCGUAGUAAAUUCUAAUAAUUUCGACUCGUUGUAGGAUCGUAUGUCUCUCCAUGAUGAAAUGACUAACCUUACUGAAGAGAAAUGUCAAAAGAGCGGAAAAAAAUAUGUCGUCGUUUGCUAUCCCUAACGGCCUACUUUUGUUGCGUCCCUUUUGAAAAACCCUUUACUACUUUCUACAACAAUUGUUUUUAUAAGUUUCUGAAAUUAUCAUUCAUUGCAUAACGCUAAGGAAUGGCGAAUUGAAGAUGGCUAUAACACAUAUUAAACCUUUGAAUAUACGUUACUAAGAGUACGGUUUCAAUGAGUGCUAUCUUUAGAAAUAUCUAAGACUUUUGCAUUUUUGUACUAAAAAAAAUAUCGAAACGAAAUGGUGACUAAGCCGCCAAAAGAGAAUUAAACUCGGCUAUAAGAAUUAAGACAGGAAAAAAAAAACACGAAUUUUCUUUAGAUUCCUAACGUUACCAUUACAGAACACAUGAAGUUUUAGUGUUUUGAACAGCACUGUUUUCGACUAUUUCAAACUACUCCUAACGGCUGAUAAUGAUAUAGUCAUAUGAAUUCAUACAUAUCUGUUGGAACAGUUCAAUGCUUGUGGGAUUCGAAGAGCGGCUUUUACAAUGAUUGUAGCCGGGUGUACUCGGAUAUUAAUCGAUAAUAUGGCAAUGUUAUUUCCUAGUGAAGGAGUAUGAUCAUUAAAUGCGAUAAAUCAAGUCGGCUGUUGAUGUAGUAUCAGCGCAAAAUAUAUGGAAUGUGAAUGUGAGCUUAGUUAGAAAGUGCUUAGGCUGCAAAAAUAACGCCAAGAACAAUUACAACUUAGUUUAAGUACAACCAGUGUGCAAUAGUGAAAUUUAAUCAACCAACUAACUAACUAUUAUAUUAUAUAAAUAUUUAUGUUUAAAUGUACGUAUACGAGUAUAUGACAAAGCGUUGAAGAGUUGAAGAGUCAAAAUGCAUAAGUUUAUGUUAACUAUCUCAAAAAUAUUUCAAACUACGAAUUUUAAGUGCAUCGUUCUGUAAAAACUAUAAUGAAUGAAACAAAUUUUAACUAGUCAAUAGUAAAAAUAUUUUAUUGUUUUCGCUUUAUUUAUAAAUGUAAAUGUUCCAAACACUUACAAACAAUCGAAAGAGAAAAAGGCAAUGAGCUAGUUUGAUCUGCAGUGCAGUAAUCGGAUUACUCAAAUGUAAGCCAAGAGUAUGCAUGAACUCGAGUGUCUAUGAAUGCCUUUAUACUUUAAAACUUAUUAAAAUAUUUAUAAGUACUUGUUAUAAAUCAUUUGUUUUCACAUGAAUAUUAGAAAUUUAUUAAAAUACAAAUGUAAGCAAUUUGAGCAAUAAAAAUAUUGAAGCCAA